AUGGACUGUGGGCAGGCCAGCCGAGUUUGCUCCUCGCUCCAUGUGAAUGUGCCAAUGAAGCUCCAGGCUGAGCGAAACGCGGCCAAGAAGAGUUCUCGAACUUUUGACCCUACAAACCAACGGUCCGACUCAACCAAGCAAAAGCUUACCGACUCUUUCGAUUCCGAACUCUAUGACCGCGAUGGCGCCAAUAAAUUCGCGGGAUACCACACCUCCCUCCCAGCCGGGGAUGAAGAUGACGAUGAAGAAAUGCAAGACGGCGAUGGCUCUCGGCGGCUAGUUGGCCAAUACACGGCUCCCAAGUCGCUUAUCGAUGAUGCAUCGCAUGGCAACGAAGCUGAUGAUGACGAUCCGUUGGCUGGACGUGGCGAAAAGAGUAACCGCAUCGUCGAUCGUGAGACUGAUUAUCAGAAGCGCCGCUUCGAUCGGGCGCUGACUGAUACUCGCGCUGACCCCUUCGCCGCCAACCGACAAGCUGGCACCUCAGAAGAGGGUGCAAGCUAUCGCGAUGUGAUGGAACUGCGCGAUCUUGAGCGAGAGGAGGAGCGUGUGAGACGAGAAAUUGCCACCAAGCAGCUCACCGAUGCUGUUGAAGAUGACGACCUACCCGAAGGUGUCCCUCUGCUUAAAGAGGCGGAUAAGGAAAAUGCAGAGGCUGGCUCUACGCAGGAGGCCACGGCUGUCAAGAAGAGGAAGAAGAGAUGGGACGUUUCGUCGACGCCGGCUGAGGCUGAGGAGCCCUCCCAACCAGAUGGCGCCAAGAAGUCUCGGUGGGACCAAGCGCCCACUGCUACUCCUACCGGUGCCCAGGCUGCCCAAACCCCGGUCCAUCCCUCCCAGGCUGGAGCCGUGCUUCCCCCUGUCUUUCCAGCAGAGAUUGGCCGCAACCAACCCAUUAGCGACGAAGAGCUUGAUGCCCUCCUUCCGGGAGAGGAACAAGGAUACAAGGUCUUGGAGCCACCUCCUGGCUACGAACCAAUUCGAGCACCAACCCACCGUGUCUCGGCUACACCGAUGUCCCAGACUGGCUUCAUGAUGCAGGAUCCCAAUUCCGUGAGGCUGAGCGGAAAACCUAUGGCUGCCGAAAUCCCAGGCAUGGGAGACUUACAAUUUUUCAAGCCGGAAGACAUGGCCUAUUUCGGCAAGUUGGCGGAUGGCGCGGACGAGAAUGCCUUGACGGUCGAUCAAAUGAAGGAGCGCAAAAUCAUGAGGCUGCUUCUCAAGGUCAAGAACGGCACACCACCUAUGCGCAAAACCGCCCUACGACAAUUGACAGACAACGCCAGGAACUUUGGCGCCGUCAUUGAUCGUAUCCUUUAUAAACUAGAUGAUCUGGUUCGACCCUACGUCCAUAAGAUUUUGGUCGUCAUCGAGCCUCUUCUCAUCGACCAGGACUACUAUGCUCGUGUCGAGGGUCGGGAGAUCAUAUCUAACCUUAGCAAAGCCGCUGGUCUCGCAACGAUGAUUAGCACUAUGCGUCCAGAUAUCGAUCACGUCGACGAGUAUGUCCGUAACACGACGGCGCGAGCCUUUGCCGUUGUUGCAUCCGCCCUUGGUAUUCCUGCUCUACUACCGUUCCUGCGCGCUGUAUGCCGGAGUAAAAAGUCGUGGCAGGCGCGUCAUACAGGUGUCAAGAUUGUGCAGCAGAUUCCUAUUUUGAUGGGAUGCGCUGUGCUGCCUCACUUGAAGGGCUUGGUGGAGUGUAUUGGGCCCAAUCUCAACGAUGAACAGACCAAAGUUCGAACUGUCACCAGUCUUGCCAUCGCAGCGCUUGCGGAAGCCUCAAAUCCCUAUGGUAUCGAGAGCUUCGACGACAUCUUGAACCCGCUGUGGACGGGUGCCCGGAAACAGCGCGGCAAGGGUCUAGCCGGCUUCCUAAAGGCCGUCGGACACAUCAUUCCCUUGAUGGACGAAGAGUAUGCCAAUUACUAUACCAGCCAAAUCAUGGAAAUUCUCCUGCGCGAAUUCUCCUCUCCUGAUGAGGAAAUGAAAAAGGUUGUCCUCAAGGUCGUCUCGCAGUGCUCAAGCACCGAGGGUGUCACCGCUGGCUACCUGAAGGAGCAUGUGCUUGAUGAGUUUUUCAAGAGUUUCUGGGUUAGGAGGAUGGCGCUAGAUAAGCGCAUCUACCGUCAGGUCGUGGAGACUACGGUGGAUCUCGGGCAGAAAGUCGGAGCCAGCGAGAUCCUUGAGCGCAUCGUUGUCAACCUAAAGGACGAGAGUGAGCCUUAUCGGAAGAUGACGGUGGAGACGGUUGAAAAGGUGGUAGCUAGUCUCGGUGCGGCGGAUGUUGGUGAACGCCUGGAGGAGCGCCUGAUUGACGGUAUCCUACAUGCGUUCCAGGAGCAGAGCGUGGAAGACAUUGUGAUGCUGAAUGGAUUCGGCUCGGUGGUCAACGCCCUUGGCACACGAUGCAAGCCUUACCUGCCCCAGAUCGUCAGCACGAUCCUGUGGAGACUCAACAACAAAUCGGCAACUGUCCGGCAGCAAGCGGCGGAUCUUAUUUCCCGCAUCGCCAUGGUCAUGAAACAAUGCGGCGAGGAUGCACUUAUGGGCAAGCUCGGUAUCGUUCUCUACGAGUACCUGGGAGAAGAAUAUCCUGAAGUCCUCGGCUCGAUUCUAGGCGCGCUCAGGUCUAUCGUUACAGUAGUCGGAAUCGCGCAGAUGCAGCCUCCGAUCCGGGACCUACUCCCGCGCCUAACGCCAAUUCUGCGAAACCGACACGAAAAGGUUCAGGAGAACACGAUUGAUCUCGUCGGCCGUAUUGCCGACCGUGGGCCAGAGAGUGUAAACGCACGAGAAUGGAUGCGAAUCUGCUUUGAGCUACUCGACAUGCUCAAGGCGCACAAAAAGGGCAUCCGUCGCGCUGCCAACAACACGUUUGGCUUCAUCGCGAAGGCCAUCGGCCCUCAGGAUGUUCUAGCCACUUUACUCAACAACCUGAGGGUGCAGGAGCGCCAGUCCCGUGUCAACACGGCCGUCGCAAUUGGUAUCGUGGCUGAAACCUUCUCUCUCUUCUUGUUCGAAUACAUUGGCGAAAUGGCCAAGGACUAUGUCUAUGCCGUGACGCCGCUGCUUGAGGAUGCUCUGAUUGACAGAGAUCAGGUACACCGGCAGACCGCCGCAUCCGUCGUCAAACACAUUGCGCUGGGCGUCGUUGGGUUGGGCUGCGAAGACGCCAUGGUUCACUUGCUCAACUUGCUUUACCCCAACCUUUUCGAGACCAGCCCCCACGUCAUCGAUCGAAUCAUUGAGGCCAUUGAAGCCAUCCGCAUGGCGGUAGGCCCGGGUGUCGUCAUGAAUUAUGUUUGGGCAGGGCUUUUCCAUCCAGCCCGCAAGGUUCGCCAGCCGUACUGGAGGCUCUACAACGAUGCUUACGUCCAAUGCGCCGAUGCGAUGGUGCCUUAUUAUCCCAACCUGAGCGAUGAAAAGAUUGACAGGCCGGAACUAGCUAUCAUGCUAUAG